GUAGAACCCAGAGUUGUGGUACAACAACAGCAGGCCGUAUCGAAGAAAAAAACUAUGUGACUGUAGGUCUUGCGAAAAGUGCUGAGAUUUUUGAUAGCAAAAGUUCAACAAUUUUUUUAAUGCAAGGGAGCAUCUUUAUCGCGCUGCCUUAUUUGUUGCCAUGCUUGGGCAGUAUGUCGCCAGGGGCUGCUUCCGUAGUAUGUAUUUUUAGCAAGCUAAGAAGGCAGGGCCCGCUAUGGUGCUCCGGAACCGGACGGACCACACGGGAGCCUGUCUUCAUAUCAGCACUUGGCCCCACCCGUAACAGCAGGGGGCGAUGGUCGAAGGCCUCGACUAGGUCGGUUGUGUGUCAUCCUGGUACUUUCGGCUGUGCGCCCAACAGGAACACGACGGCCCGCAUUUCCGCCAGCCAUCGGGCUUCUGCCAUCGACUGAAGGCCGGCUUCUGAGGAGCUGAGAUGAGCACACGCUGAACCCAAGGAGAAGAAACUUGCAUGAGUGUAAAUUGUAGAAGAUUUCGCAGCGAGUGCGGGAUGAAAAUUGUUCGUCAGAUUUUCUUCAAAGUGGGCAAAUUUCCGACCCUCUUUGGAGGGGUCCGCCGACGUUUUCGAUUUCGCUACACAAGUUUUUUUCUCUUCUCGAGUCCCCACCUAAGAGAAGAUUUCCGAUGUAAUGUAAAUUUUUUAGUGUAACGAAAAUUUUCGCGUUUCCUACCCUUGCUCGAGAGGGUCCUAAGGACCCCCCCGGACGAAUAAUUUUUUUGAACCUACACAAACCGAGAAUCCUUCUCCGAGCUACACAAGUCUCGUUUUCUUCUAUCGCGUGCCACAUUUGCCGGCAGCGGCAAAGCUGACAGCACGUCCAGAAGCAGAGGGGCAAAGAGGAGAAGAAGCUGCUCAAAAAGAAAACGAGACCUGCGCGCAGACCAUGCGCGCAAAGUCUCGAGCCUGUAUAUGCUUGACACGGUUGGCGACCUCCGCCCGUGGUCGCGUGUCGCGUCUCAGGCGAACUAAUGGCGCCAGGGGCAAGAUCCGUGGGCAGGGAAAAGACGGGGGUCGCGAGAUUUUCUUGAAAGCUUCUCCCCGCCCUAGCCAUUAGCCUACACCGAAGCAACCGCUGCCAGCUUUGAAUAGAUAAACCGAGCGCAUGAACAGCAGCACUCACCAGGUGAGGGACCGUGGCGGGGGUUGAGAGUUUUUGACUUUUGCAUAUGAAAAAAAUCACUACUUUUUGGAAGACCUACAGUCACAUAGUUUUUUUUUUGGAUAGGCCGUCGCUGCCGCCUCGAGUUCCAGCCGAACAGGAGGCAGUAGAUUUUCUCGACGGGAUAUUGUGAGGAAAAAUCCCCCCUCCCCAUAUCGAAAGCGAAAUUUGUGUUGCUGUAUUUGAGUACACAAAUCGCAUUUGUCUUGCUGGAGAGGACUGCAGACCCAUAUCAAGCCUGAGUAGAGAGGCUUUGACUUAGGCGCUUAGCAUGAAAAGCGUCCGUGAUGUUGGCUCAACAGCAUGACAAACCGCCUCCAUAAUGGGACGGAAGCUGCUGCCCUUGUCUUCUUGCAACACAAACGUGAUUUGUGACCUCAAAUCAGCAACACAAAUUUUCGAAAACCUACCUCUUCAAUAUGGGGAGGGGGGAUUUUUCCUUGCGAUACGGGAUGUGAAGGAGAAAGAGGCAAAGCAAAAACGAAGCAAAAACAAAGGGCGGAGAGGACAGCAGGAAACUAGGCAGGACCACGCCGAAACAGAUUCUUCGCAAGAACAACAAGUUCAUCGGCAACUACAGGAGGACGGUCGUGUCGGUUUAGCUGCGACGUCCGAAUCGGACGAGGAGAUCAUCGUGAAUCAAGAGCAGGUCGUUUCUGCUAGUACCGCUGCAGCUACGAGUUCGAAAGAGAAAAGAAGGCGACCAAGCAACGCGGUUGGGAACAUUCAGCAACCGGCAGCUUCGUCGACGCAGCUCGCUGUUCUUCCGGAGAAGAAGAAAUCUAGGACUUCGAAUUUGCAAGUAGAACAACAACAGGUGGAAGUGGUUGACAAAAAGAAAAGGAAAAAGUCCUCGUCUUCCAAGCCACAGGCGGCUGCUCUCGAGAAAAAACGGUCCUCCUCGGCGAACGUUGCUAGAAAAGAGCAAAUAAAGGAAAGCAGAACAAAUGUUGAUCGAGAUAAUUAUGCUGGGGCAACUAGAGAUAGACUCGUAGAAAAGGAAAGCAGUAAGAAACUGGAGAAGAAGACCAGCAGAACAGGACUAGGGGUACUAGAGGGAGCAGUAAUUCCGGCACAGCAGUCCGCAAUGGGCACCAAGAAAUCCAGCCGAGCGCAGCUGGCGGCCACGUCGCAGCAGAAAGAGAUGUCGACUACGCGGGACAGUAGAGAACCGAUGGCGAAUAAAGACACGGCGAUGUCCUCGAGUAGGAAGAAGAAAAAGAAGAAGCGGG